CUUCAUGAUUGGUGACCAAUAUGGGUCAAGACAAGGGACUAAAUUGACAGAAGCCAGCCCCCAUCUCAGACUUCUUUGGAUCAGGUUCACCUGCUAGGCAUUGAGCCAACUAGGGAGCUAUGAACCAGGCCUUCUGGAAAACCUACAAGUCCAAAGUGCUACAGACCCUGAGUGGAGAAUCUGAGGAGGACCUGGCAGAGGAGAGGGAGAAUCCAGCAUUAGUGGAGUCUGAGACAGCAGAACCCACCGAGGAGGCCUUCAGUCCCAUGUCACAGCUGGCCCGCAGGGUUCAGGGAGUUGGAGUGAAAGGCUGGCUGACAAUGUCAUCUCUGUUUAACAAAGAAGAUGAGGACAAGCUGCUGCCACCGGAGCCCUGUGCUGACCAUCCUCUGGCCGCGCGGCCCAGCUCGAAGGCGGGGGCGGAGGCAGAGCCGCGCGGGCCGGGAUUCUGGGACGCGUUCGCCAGCAGGUGGCAUCAGCAGCAGACCGCGGCCGCGUCCAUGCUGCGGGGCCCCGAACCCACCACGGAUGCGGACCCAGAGCCCCAGGACCAGGCCAGGGAGGAGGCCGCCGAGCGCCCCGAGCUGCGGGACGUGGACCCCGCGGCCGGCUUCAAGUGGGGCUUCCUCACCAACAAACUGGCCGAGAUGAGGGUGAAGGCCGCGCCCAAAGGCGACUAG